CUCUCUCUCUCUCUCUCUCUCUCUCUCUCUCUCUCUCUCUCUCUCUCUCGCCUGACCAGACAGAGAUAGAGAGUCCAAGUGUCAGAAGAACCAGGAGAGAGAGGAGGACGAGGACAAAGCGGAGGACAAAGGACGAUGCUGAGACGCUGCAGGCUGCUGCUGUGGCAGGUGGUUCUCCGGUUAUCAUAUCAUGUGGUUACAGCCGGUCCGUGUCAAGGCGGGUCGGACAUCUUGGCAUCGGUCAGAGAGAACAGUCCGCUCGGUCAGUUCAUAGCCAACAUCAGUAUCAGCGGAGAGCAACGAGUGAACACUAUCAGACUUUGUCUGAGCGGACACAGCGCAGACUGGUUCUACUUAGAGGGUCGAACCAUCCGACUCAACACGUCACUCUCCAGAGUCCUGGACAGGGAGGUUCAGGGAUCGGUGCUGGCAGCAGAGCUCACCUGUUAUGAAGAGGAUGUCAUGCAGAGUCAGUUCAGGAUCCUGGUGGAGAUCGUGAAUGAAAACGACAACAGACCAAACUUCCUGCAGGAGACGAUUGGUCCUUUCAGCAUCAGUGAGCUGACGGCUGUGAACUCUGUGAUAUUCACUGUAAAAGCUGUUGAUGCAGACGGGGACAUGAUCAGUUACAUCAUUGAUCAAUCAUCGCCGGACGCCGCCUUCUUCAGGAUCGAUCUACCAAACAGUGGCAGCAUCGUGUUGGACAAACAUCUGGACUUUGAGACCAGACAUCACCUGGAGUUCAUCAUCUGGGCCCAGGAAUCAAACACAGAGGAUAAAUUCAACUCGUCUUCUCAUUUAUCCGUGAACAUCGAGGACGGAGACGAUCAAUAUCCUCACUUCCUGCCGUGUGCACCUGUCACUCCAGGUGUUCCUGUCUGCAUUAACCCCGCCUACACCACCAACAUCACACACAGGACACAGGAUGUUGUUCUGGAGUUUUCUCCUGGUCCAAUCAGAGCAGUGGACGGAGACAGAGGAAUCAACAUGUCUCUGAUCUACAGCAUCCUGUCAGGUGACGACCAGGGCAGGUUUGAGAUCAACAACACGACAGGUGAGCUCAGGUUAACUCGAGCUGUGGACGGCCGACGACUGACACCAAACUUCACACUCAAGGUCAUGGUGUGUCAGGUGGACGACAGGCUGAAAUACAGCGUGGCAUUCGUCGUGGUCAGAGUUUUGAAUGAAAACACGUUCCCUCCGGUUUUUAACAGAACCACUUUUAAAGGUUUCAUCAUCCAGAGCUCUAGCCCCAUCUCGAUCGUCUCAACCUAUGGGAACCAGGUGUUACAGGUCCAGGUGUCCGACCACGACUUCUCUAAUGGCCUGAAUCCAAACAUCCGCUACUCCCUUCAUCCUCUGUCCGACCUGUACCAUGUCACUCAGAUGGGGAUCCUGAUCGCCAGGACGUACCAACUGCACGACUUCGACCGCCACAUCCUACAGCUGGUGCGGUUCCAUGUUGGACGUGUGAACCGAGCUGUGAAACAUGAUCAUGUUGUAUCGUUGUUCAGGUCGUAG